CACUAAAAUUUGUAGAAACCACUCGGAAAAUUAAAAAAGCAAACAGCACCAUGGAAUUACCUUAUAAAUAAUUUGGGUUUAUUGCGCCCGCGAAAACUUUGAACACAGCCUGUGUUCAUUUUUAGCUUCAUCCUCCUCCAAUUCUGCGGCCAUAACUAGUUAUGUCAAAAAAAAGGGGACUUUCUUUGGAGGAGAAACGAGAACAAAUGCUUAAGAUUUUCUACGAGUCUCAAGAUUUUUUCCUGCUAAAGGAGCUUGAAAAGUUGGGGCCACGCAAAGGAGUCAUCAGCCAGACAGUAAAGGAUGUUGUCCAAAGCCUAGUGGAUGAUGAUCUGGUCUCUAGGGACAAGAUUGGCAUAUCUGUGUUUUUCUGGAGCCUUCCAAGCUGUGCUGGCAAUCUGCUGAGACAAGCACGUUCUAAACUGGAAGCUGAUUUGGAAAGUGCUAAGAAAAGACGGGCUGAAUUGGAUUUGCAAAGAGAAUCUUUACAGAAGGGCAGGGAAGAUUCUGUUGAGAGAGAGGUUGCUUUGAAUGACCUCAAAAAGAUUGAAAAAGAGUACAGAAAACUUAAGGAAGAAUUGGAAUGCUAUGCGGAUAAUGAUCCAACUACUGUUGAAGCAAUGAGAAAUGCAAUUGAAGUUGCGCAUGAGGCAGCAAACAGAUGGACAGACAAUAUUUUUGCCUUGCAACAUUGGUGUUCUACCAAUUUUCCUGAAGCUAAAGAACAACUAGAACAUUUGUACAGGGAGGUGGGGAUUACCGAGUCCUUUGAUUAUUUGGAGUGAUAUUCAUGAAUUUCUUAAUAAAUAUGUUAGGAAUGUCUUGCAAAGACAAUUAUGUACUAUUAUCACAGUGUGUUAUCUUGGCACAGGUGAUAUUUAGUGGGAAUUUUUUGUUUUCCCAAAGAAACAAUUCAACACUUGCCAAACUGUUGUUUGGAUUUAAUUCUUUGAUCAUUUUCUUGGUAUUUUUCCAAGAAUGGACCCUUCACUACAUUGUUAAGUGUUUCAGGCAAUCCCAAAGAGUGGAAUACAUAUCUGUUAAUUCAUAUAAGACAGAAAUUACACCAUUUCUGUUAAGGAAGAAGUGAUAUUAAUAGAGAGGCGAAAUUAUACAAACAUAGUUUGGCAA